AUGCGAAUUUUGUUGCUGUCCUUGAAAAAAACAGUUCCGUCGCUAACUUGCCUAUUUAAAAGUGCAUCAAAACAGGAAACUUUUGCCGUUGAAGCCUCGUUCUAUAGGCACAACGAAAGUUACCAACGGCGCUUUGCAUACUUUAUAGCUUCCUGUGUUCUUCCACAACGUCUUGACAAUAUUCCAUUCUUUGUGAACAUUUCCGCAACAUUAGCGGAACGAAGCGAGAGUAAUGCAUGGUCUUUCCAGUUCGUUCUAUCGGUGAUGAGAAAGGCAGAAUUCAAAAGAAAUAUGGCAUUUGUAUCCCUCCUGUUCACGGUGAAAUCUCUGUUGGAAACAUUAUUGAGUUUUUAGAACUCACGCAGAUUUUGGGCGCUUCACAUUUUACAUUUUACGAUUUAUCAAUGUCUGAGAGUGUGCGAAACGUCUUGAAUUAUUAUCAAGAUCUAGGUUUAGUGAGUGUCUUCCCAUGGAAUUUACCCUUGUACAUUGGAAAAAACGAUUUGUACUAUUUUGGUCAACCAUCGGCCAUCUGGGAGUGUUUGUUUCGCUCUAUGCGACAUUUCGACUUUGUUGCGCUUCAUGACUUGGAUGAAUUCAUUGUACCCGUUCGCCAUGAGAACAUAACCGCAUUGUUAGGUACAUUCAUAAGGAAAACCAUUGUGGACACUGGUUUGAAAGCGUCCUUUUGGAUCCUUCAACAGACCAAAACGGAUCACAUUUAAUUAGUGCAUCGUAG